CCCGUUAUUUUGCGGCAUUUUGGAAUGAAAUUUGCAGUGAGAAAAGUUCUUAUGAAAACUUUUUACAUCCAAAUUGCGUCAAUUUGCAUUCAGUUGUGCCGAAAAAGUAGCAACUUGGCUCGUGAACACUUUUCUAUCCUGUUUGCGGCAUAGGUGUAGGAAGAAAAGUCGUGUUUUGAGGAUUAAACCAGAAAGAAAAAGCUCUCUCUCGACACUGGAGUUUAUUGGCGAAUGAGCAAAAAUGGCCGAUGGCGUGGAUAUUGAUUUAUAUGCUGAUGAUCUCGAACAGGAUUUUAACCAAAAUAAUGAUGAGUUUGGUGGCGACGGGGGUGAUUUGUAUGACGAUGUUAUUACCCCUUCCGGAGAUCAUAAUAGGAACAAUUCCGGCGGUGGCUCCUCGAUGGAUAGAAUGGAUGGACUGGACAGCAACGGCGGCUAUCAUCACCAUGGAUCAGGAUCAAUGAAUCAUAUUGCUCGACGACAUCAGCUCUAUGUUGGAAAUCUGUCUUGGUGGACCACGGAUCAGGAUAUUGCGGAUGUAGUCGCCGAUGUAGGAGUGAAUGACUUCCAGGAGGUGAAAUUUUUUGAAAAUCGUGCCAACGGUCAGUCUAAAGGGUUUUGUGUGGUAUCGUUGGGUUCGGAGAAUAGUAUGCGUUACGUGAUGGAACGUCUACCGAAAAAGGAAUUGCAUGGACAAAAUCCGGUCGUCACCCUUCCGACGAAGCAAGCAUUGAACCAGUUUGAAAGUCAACAAAAAACUAGACCAACUCCACCAGCGCAGGGGCAAUCUAACGGUCCAAGACCACCGGGUCCCAAUAUGGGUAUGGGGAUGGGCAUGGGUGGUCCUGGUGGUCCUCAUGGAGGUCCUGGUGGACCAGGGGGUCCGGGAGGACCCGGUCCAGGCGGCCCACCGCGUAUGGGCAUGGGAAUGGGUCCCAAUAUGCCACCCGGAAUGAGACCGCCGCAUAACCACCCAAUGCAAGGCCCGAUGCACAUGCAAGGUCCUCCAGGACCAGGAGGUCCGCCAAGACCGCAGGGACCUCCAAUGCAUCAAGGAAAUGGACCGCCACAGCAAGGGCAUCCGCGAUUCCAAAACCAAGGUCAAUGGAAUGGACCUCCGCGGAUGAAUGGCCCGAGACCGGGCGGUCCCGGUCCGAUGCAGCACAGACCGCAAAUGGUAAAUAAACCGCCUUACCCAUCACAGAGAUCACAGAGGUUCAUGGAUUAUCCGGGACCGCCAUCCCGUGGACCCAGGCCAGAUUGGAAUGGACCACCGAUGCAUGGUGGACCUGGAUUUCCACAAGGUCCGCCUGGACCUCGACAAGGCCCGCCCCAUAUGCAAGGACCCGGACGUGGUCCACCGAUGGGAGGUCCUGGGCCACAUGGUCCAGCACCCCAUGUAAACCCAGCAUUCUUUAAUCAAGGAGGUGGUCCCCCGUCUCAUCCCAAUGGAGGACCAGUUCCACAUGGUCCUCCUGCUGGACAAGGCCCUCCCCCUCAAUUUAACCCACAGGGUGGUGCUACACCCCGUGGACCAUGGCCUCCAGGCCCAAGUGGCAAGCCUCCUGUAAGCCAGUUUCCCGAGCAUGGUGCAACACCACAGUUGAGUGAGGCUGAAUUUGAGGAGAUUAUGACAAGAAAUCGCACUGUUAGCAGUUCAGCCAUUGCUAGAGCUGUAUCGGAUGCAGCGGCCGGAGAAUACUCGAGUGCUAUAGAAACACUGGCCACAGCGAUAUCUCUUAUCAAGCAGUCUAAGGUGGCUCACGACGAACGUUGCAAGAUUUUGAUCAGUUCCUUGCAAGAUACACUACACGGUAUCGAAACAAAGAGCUACAGCAGAAGAGAACGAUCUAGAUCCCGAGAUCGUUCUUCACAUCCCCGGUCUAGGUCGCGUCGGGAACGAUCUAGUUCGCGUGGCUAUCGCGAGCGCUCUAGGGAAAGAGAUCGUAGUGAACGAGACCGCGAUAGGGAUCGCGAGAGAGAUGGCUCGAGGCGUUCUCGCCCACGCAACAAAACACCGGAGACAACUACUGACAAUUCAACCGAUAACACAAAGCGUUACUAUAAUGACGACCGCUAUAGAUCAUCGGAUCGUGAUCGUGAGCGUGAUCGAGAUCGGGAACGUCGAGAAGAACAUCGAUCACGUCAUUAAAGCUCAUAAAAACUAUCAAACGUACACGCAGAUUUACCACAUCUCAUUGUGGAUUCUACUUUUCAUCUAGCAAACGUUGAUGCAGUAAACAGCAUGUGCCGUGCUUAUUUCAUACCUUCGACUUGGAAAUGUUUCUUUGGAAUACUCCAGAAAUGACUGAACUUUAAUCACUUCAUUUCUUCCUUUUUCGAAAGCAUUUUUUAAAUCCUACCGGAUGCGAAAACUUACCAUCUUAAACUUUUUACUACAUAGGAAUAAUGUUGAACCAAUUUUCACCAAACUCGAAGGACUAACAAUAAGCAUCAAUUCGUGGAAGUACCCGAUUUGCUGGGUAUUGAGCUCCACAGUAAUUGAUCAUAUGUAACUAAUAUUUUUGGAUUUUGUCCAUCCAUACCUAAAAACAAAAAAAUACGAAUUCACUACACUAUAAUAGAACAGUGCAAAUCCAUUAGUUAAGACGUUUACUGCAUCAAGAAACUUCCAUCCGUUUUAUCAUCUAUAAUAACCAUUCUGCGGAAGCAAAACUAGCGGCGAUUUGAUUGCGUAUACUUGCGAUGUUGGUGGUCAACAGCAGCAGUUUCCUGUUUUUCAUCCAACUAGGAUACAGCGAGUGUGUCAACUAUCAUCGCAUCCAGCUACACAUAUUAUCGAGGCGGAGUUUUGCAGAAGGAAGAAAUAGAAGAUUGUAUUCAAUAAUUGAUUGAUUAAACUAAUAACAAUGAUAUUCCAAAAAAGAAAGAAAAACCAAAA